GCCCGCACCGAGGUGAUGCAGAAGAACUGCAGCUGCCGCUUCCUCUGCGGGGCUGAGACCAGCGAGCCCGUCCUGCAGCGCAUCGAGAAGGUGCUGGAGGGCAAGCAGGAGCAGCAGGCCGAGGUCUGCUUCUACAAGAAGGGUGGAGCUGCAUUCUGGUGUCUGCUGGACAUCAUGCCCAUCAAGAACGAGAAGGGGGAGGUGGUGCUGUUCCUCGUCUCCUUCAAGGACAUCACAGAGAGCCGGGGCAAGAGCCAUCCAAGUGACAGGAAGGAGGAGAAGCAGAGGAGCAAGAAACCUGGCAGCUCACACCUGCGGGCAGCACGGCGGCAGGGCAGGACGGUGCUGCACCGGCUGAGCAGCCAGUUUGCACGGCAGGACCGCGGUGAGAUGAAAAUCAAUCGGAACGUGUUUGAGAACAAGCCCUCCAUCCCUGAGUACAAAGUGGCCUCGGUGCAGAAAGCCCACUUCAUCCUGCUGCACUACAGCAUCUUCAAGGCCCUCUGGGACUGGCUGAUCCUGGUGGCCACUUUCUACGUGGCUGUCACUGUCCCCUACAACGUCUGCUUCACCAGCACAGAGGACAGCCUCUCGGCCGCGCGCAGCACCAUCGUCAGCGACAUCGCGGUGGAGAUGCUCUUCAUCCUGGACAUCAUCCUGAAUUUCCGAACGACGUAUGUGAGCCACUCCGGCCAGGUGGUGUACGAGCCCCACUCCAUCUGCAUCCAUUAUGUGGCCACCUGGUUCUUUGUGGACCUGAUUGCCGCGCUGCCCUUCGACCUGCUCUACAUCUUCAACGUGACUGUGACCUCGCUGGUGCAUUUGCUGAAGACGGUGCGCCUGCUGCGGCUGCUGCGGCUGCUGCAGAAGUUGGACCGGUACUCGCAGUACAGCGCCAUGGUGCUGACGCUGCUCAUGUCUGUGUUUGCGCUGCUGGCCCACUGGAUGGCGUGCAUCUGGUACGUCAUCGGCCGCAAGGAGAUGGAGAGCAACGACCCGCUGACCUGGGACAUCGGCUGGCUGCACGAGCUGGGCAAAAGGCUGGAGGCUCCCUACAUCAACAACUCGGCGGGGGGGCCCUCCAUCCGCAGCGCCUACAUCGCCUCCCUCUACUUCACCCUCAGCAGCCUGACCAGCGUGGGUUUCGGCAACGUCUGCGCCAACACGGAUGCCGAGAAGAUCUUCUCCAUCUGCACCAUGCUCAUCGGGGGUGAGGCGGGUACCCGGGGGAGGAGAUGGGGAUGCGACUAUGUAGCUUCAGCCCCACGGUGCCACCGAGCACAGCCCAUCCUGGCCCUGCCCCCCCCGUGGGCUGACACUGCCUCCUGGUCCCCAGCGCUGAUGCACGCCGUUGUCUUUGGCAACGUCACGGCCAUCAUCCAGCGCAUGUACUCGCGCCGCUCGCUCUACCACACCCGCAUGAAGGACCUCAAGGACUUCAUCCGCGUGCACCGCCUGCCCCAGCAGCUCAAGCAGAGGAUGCUGGAGUACUUCCAGACCACCUGGUCGGUGAACAACGGCAUAGAUGCUAACGAGCUGCUGCGUGACUUCCCUGACGAGCUCCGUGCCGACGUGGCCAUGCACCUGAACAAGGACAUCCUGCAGCUGCCCAUCUUCGAGACCGCCAGCCGAGGCUGCUUGCGCUCCCUCUCGCUGCACAUCAAGACGUCGUUCUGCGCGCCGGGCGAGUACCUGCUGCGGCAAGGCGACGCGCUGCAAGCCAACUACUUCGUCUGCUCCGGCUCCCUCGAGGUGCUGAGGGACAGCGUGGUGUUGGCCAUCCUCGGUGAGGGCCGUCCCCACAGCGCGUUGCUGCCCGCCCGGUACGGGGCUGGCACCGCCAUAGCCCCUCCUGCCCCAUCCCCUCCUGCAGGCAAAGGGGAUCUGAUCGGCGCCGACCUGGCCGGCAGGGACCCGGUGAUCAAAACCAAUGCGGACGUAAAGGCGCUGACCUACUGCGACCUGCAGUACAUCGGGCUGCGGGGGCUGCGCGAGGUGCUGCGGCUCUACCCCGAGUACGCCAGCAAGUUCGCAGCGGACAUCCACCAAGACCUCACCUUCAACCUGCGGGAGGGCAGCGAGAUGGAGGUGGGUGCGUGUCCUCCCCCGCAGGCCCUUUCCCGUCCUCGCGUCCCCAGAGCCGGGAGCAGGGCUGGGGUUCUGCGUGGCCGGGAUGGGGAGCUCGUCUGCUCGGUUCUCGCGCUCCCGAGGCUCCGCGGCUCUGCCGCCCCGUGCAGGUACGUCCCGGCGGCUUUUCUCAGCUCUGCGCAACCCGGGCACUUUCAAAGCCAAAGCAAGAGCGUUUGCAGCAGAGGAGGCUGAGGUGGAUGCGGGGCUUGGAAGUGGGUUGGAAGGAGGUGGGGGGAAGGCAGCCGGGACGCGGCCCCCCCGCAGGAGGCGGCCGAGUCGAGUCAUGCUGCCGGGGAGUCCUCUGCUCACCUCCUCCCUCCCUUCCUGGCUCAGAGCAGUGGAGGCUGCGCCGAGUGUCCCCCGACACACGCCGCCCCCUGGGCAGGGCGGAAGGUCGCUCCCUGCACCAAAGAGCUUUGUCCCUCACUGGGGAGAGGUAUGAACAAACCGAGGGGGAUGCAAGCAAAGCUCCUUGUGUCCUGCAGGAGCCCCGUGCUGCCCGUGGGAAGGUGAUGUCCUGACAGUGGGGUCUCGGCCGUGGCUCUGGCUGAGUUCUGGGGCCCAGCACAGCACUGAGAGCAGGAGAGGACAGACGUGGGCUGCGAGCCCCGGAGGCCGGCACGGAGCUGCGGGACUGCAGUUUGAGGCCGGCCUUUGGGCUGCCCGGGGGCACCGAGGGCUGCGGCCCGAGGCGGGUACAACUCUACCCGCUGACGUCUCCAAAUCUCUCCCUCAGGGGCUCGGCCGCUUCGCCCGCUCCCCGCGCCUCUCGCAGGCG